AGUCCACGCCUCCUAUCAACAGAAAUCCUCGGCGUCUCAUCAGCCGUAGCCGUAGGAAUAAAGCUAAAUACCUAACGCUUUAUUUCAAUUCAUAAACCCUUUCUUCUUCUUCUUCUUCUCGCCUCUUCUUCGCUUUCAGUCGCUUUCCCGUGCCGUUUUAUCUAUACCCUUUUAUGGUUAUCAUUUACGAUCAUCAUAUGAGAAUCCAAAGAGACCGAUUCGGUCAAUUUUAGGGUGGUUCGACUUCUACUGUUUCGAAACCGUUGUGGGUUUAUUUGUCCUUUUAUUAUUUACUAUUAUCGAUCGAUUGGGUAACCAAAUCUCGUAAUUACUGUUCUUUGUUGUUGUGCUCUCUUAAGGGAAAUUCUUUGCGAUUGUGAUGUGGGUUUUCGCCAUUGUUUAGUUAUUAUGAUGUAGUAAUAGAUUCUUUGUGUUUUUUCUCUUCUUCAUCGAUUCUUUUAUUGAUAAACCCUAUUAAAUUGCAAAAGAUGUCCGGUGGGUCACCAAUGGGAGGUGGUGUUGGUGGUUUGAUGAGGCAGAGACACAGUCAUGGGUAUUCCUCUGGCGGGGAGGAUCUUGAAGAUGAUGCUAGCUCAAGGUUGCGUCCACAACCUCCAUUGAUUCAGUUAACAAGAAGCUGGACUGAGAUUAUUGAGAACAUUGUUUGGAUUGUCUCGACAACCUUUAUCUUGUUCUAUGGAGAUGGGAAUUUCAAUUUUCUCUUCCUGUUAUGUCAUGAUCAUCGGAUUAAAAGAGUAGAGCUGUAUAUUGGAAUGGGUGGAGUUAUGUUGAAUGCCAUAUUCAUUUUCUUAGCUUGGAACUUUAGGAAAUCUGGGGAGAAAUGGGAUGUUUCGAAUUCAUCUGCGCUUCCUUAUGUCGUGAUGAUCGGAGUCAUCUCCUUCUGUUUAUUGUCUUUUGCUUUGUGGCCAAUUUGGAGUUUCCUAACCCUGCCUCUUCUGUUCACUCUUCUUAUAACUGGUGUGGUGACAGUUCCAUACAUUGUGCUCUUGGUGUCGAAGAAGUCUCAAACUGAUUUACUCCGCAUAGAUUAGACACACUUUUAGUCGUUUGGUUUUGUUUGAUUGAUGAAUGGGAUUUGAACUCUUAUAGUGAUAGAUUGAUUUCCAUACAUACAUAGAACUUAGUUUAGCAGAUUGAGAUUUAGGAUCCUUUAGAAGAUUGAAUUACUGUUUUUUUUUAUCAAAUAUUUGUCUCACUGUUGAACAAUUCUGAUUUUCAGAUACCCAUUUGAAGAAAUUUUAAAAGUGUUGAUGAUUUGACUC